AUGCCUCGUCUCGUGCGCCGCCGACCGCUAGCGGAGCGCAUCCAAUCCUACUUGAACCCGUGGGACUUCCUGCUUUGGGUGUCCGAAUCGAUUGACGGACAUGAUUGGGACCAGCUUGAGAAGGACUGGGGACUUCCCAUCGGUAUCGCGAUCAACCUGGUAUUUCUAGUAGCGCGUGCGAAUGGCCGGUCGAGUGGGAGCAAAGCUAUCGACGAUGUGUUCGGAGACGAUGAAGGUGUGCCAUGGCUCAGCUGGUUUGCAUCGUUCGUCGUCCACCUUCUGGCCUUGAUCUCCGGGUUGAAUGCGAUUUACACCUUCCACCGCAAGCGACGUUACCGCAUGUUUGAAGCUCCUAUUGACAGAGCCCCUGCAACCUCUUCUGCCAACCGAGUACGAGUUGAUUCAAGCCCAAUGAUUGCUUCACCCCUGCGGUAUUUGGCCAACGCCAUGUCCUCUGAAUCUGCGGAGUCGAGAGCGCAUCCUGAUGCCCAACGCGAUGUAUGGGAGCUGGCGAUAUGGGACCCUCUACCGAUCAGUGUCCGACUGUUCUGCUUGUUUAGUCCGGGUCAUGUGCUGGUAUACAUGCUUUUCUUGCCGACUCAGCUAUCCGAUCCUCGCCCCAGCGUCACAAUCGUGACGACCGUUUUCUUGACCAUCCUUCUGUCAAUUCAAAUGUCCUUUAUUUCCACGUUCUACACGCAACAAGCGAAGGAUUCAACUCUGGUGCACAAGGAAGUGAUGAAGGAAUACGACACCAAAUACGUCCACCCCCGGACUCAACCCCUGAUGAGAGACGUGGGAACUCAGUUUUCAGAAGAAAGCAAUGUCAGCUCACCGUCUGACGCUCACAACAAGGUUGAAACCUAUACACCCACCUUUAUCAUCAAUCGCGGAUUCAAAACUAGUCCAAACCCGAACUACGUCAGCCAUGUUGAUCCUGAGGGAAUUUCUCCGCGGCGUCCGUUGAAUUCUACAACGACCUCCACAUCAAUCUUUCAAACUCAGCCAUCCUUGCAUACGCCAAUAAUGUCGCGCGAUGCAUCUCCUAUGGUUCGACCCGUGCACUCCACUAUGCGACAGCCACAGUUCCGACCAGCUUCAACAACCACCGGCGAUGGUGGUAGCCUUGGGGUUUACUCGCAUGCCAACUCUCCUUUGAGAAAGUCAGCAUCGACUGCAUUUGACCGUCGCGUUCAAAGCAAUGGCGAUUUCUUUUACAAAGAACGAGGCACCAGCCCUCUGAAAAAGCCAUCCAGCCCACUCAAGCGAAGCAGCUUAGCAGGGCCAAUGGGAAGUCCAGUGCCGGGUCAUAGACCAGAUAGCUUGAGUUCCACCAGCCGCCGCGAAACAGGCCGAUUCUAA